CAGCACCUCCGGGGACCGGUCGCGCGCCCCCUGCGUCCGCGGGCCGGGAUGCGGCUCUGAGCCCGCGGCGGCUUCCAGCCCGACUGGGCCUGCCGGGGCUGCCCCGCGCACGUGAUUCCUGUCAGAAUCACCAUUUUUGGUAAACAAACCAAGCCCAGAACCUGAUAACUGUGGAGCAUUCUACACUGACAGUUCUUUGAGACAAAUUUCCUCUUGGCAUUUACACUGUGGCUUUAGCUUUCAAACCAGAGGUCUCUUACCCAGCAAAAAAUGGCUUUCCCGAAGAUGAGAUUGAUUUAUAUUUGCCUUCUGGUUCUGGGGGCUCUUUGUUUGUAUUUUAGCAUGUACAAUCUGAAUCCUUUCAAAGAACAGUCCUUUGUUUACAAGAAAGAGGACGGGAACUUCCUUAAGCUCCCAGAUACAGACUGCAGACAAACACCUCCCUUCCUCGUCCUGCUGGUGACCUCAUCCCACAAACAGUUGGCUGAGCGCAUGGCCAUCCGGCAGACGUGGGGGAAAGAGAGGACGGUGAAGGGAAAGCAGCUGAAGACAUUCUUCCUCCUGGGGACUACCAGCAGUGCGGCAGAAAUGAAAGAGGUGGACCAGGAGAGCCAGCGACACGGGGACAUUAUCCAGAAGGAUUUCCUAGACGUCUAUUACAAUCUGACCCUAAAGACCAUGAUGGGUAUGGAAUGGGUCCAUCGCUUUUGUCCUCAGGCGGCGUUUGUGAUGAAAACAGACUCAGACAUGUUCAUCAAUGUUGACUAUCUGACUGAACUGCUUCUGAAGAAAAACAGAACAACCAGGUUUUUCACUGGCUUCUUGAAACUCAAUGAGCUUCCCAUCAGGCAGCCAUUCAGUAAGUGGUUUGUCAGUAAAUCUGAAUAUCCGUGGGACAGGUACCCGCCCUUCUGCUCUGGCACUGCCUACGUGUUUUCCGGCGACGUGGCAAGUCAGGUGUACAAUGUCUCUGAGAGCGUCCCAUACAUUAAACUGGAAGACGUGUUUGUGGGGCUCUGCCUCGAAAGGCUGAACAUCAGAUUGGAGGAGCUCCACUCCCAGCCGACCUUUUUUCCAGAGGGCUUACGCUUCUCCGUGUGCCUCUUCAGGAGGAUCGUGGCCUGCCACUUCAUCAAGCCUCGGACUCUCUUGGACUACUGGCAGGCUCUAGAGAAUUCCGGGGAGGAAGAUUGUCUGCCUGUCUGAGGGGAGCCCAGUGGCACAUCCGGACAAGUUUCAGAUAACCCGUGGGGAUGGUUUUUGCAAGAUUUUGGAAGAGGGGGCGGGACAGAGGAUGCUGUUCUCUAGUGCUGAAAUCCACGCCAGAAUGUCGGUGUUCAUGAAGCCACUGAUUAGUUCCCACUUGGUGCCCCCGGCAAUAAUAGGCCCCGUCUCUUGGGCACGCACACUCUCUAUACUAAGUGUUUGACAUACACUUGGAUUUUCGCAUUUCAGGAGUCAGUAUCCUAUGACAUGAUGGGUGUUACCAUCCCAAUUUUACAGGCAAGGAAACAGCAGCUGCGAGAGGUACAGAAACUUGUCCCAAGGCUCACAGCCAGUAGACAUAGGAGCAGGAAUGAAAAUCGAGCACUGUCAGAAUCUGGUGGACAGCCCCUGACUUGAACCACUCCCACGUGCUGCCUCCCUUAGGAGGGGACACUGAUGAUGAGGUCUCCGAGCCGGCAUCCUUCCGUCCCUGUCGAGUCCCCUCCACCUCAGCUCCCAAUCCUUGUGCUUUUUAGAGCUAAGCCUGGGAUGACCAAAUUCACCCCAGCUCCUUCAUUCACAGGACUGGAUGUAGCUGGGAUCGAGUCCGUGUUAUUGGCUCGGUACUCAACACAACCCAAGUUUCAUCCCAGGAAAUGUCCCCGCAGUGGAUGCUGCUCACAUGCCGAGGAACACCCAGCUCUGGACAGAGUUCUUAUAAAUGUAUAAAUUAGGCUCAGAAACCACUGCAUUCUGACCUGCUGUACAGACUGCCCACACUGCUGACCUGCCUAGCGAGCAGGACAUCACUUCUGAGCCAUCUGCUGCUCUCUCAUUUCAUCACCCCAAUUGUCCCUUGUUUUUGAUCAAUGGGGACCAGCCACUGCCCUAGGAGCACUUCAGGGCUCUCAGUUCAAACUGAAGGACAGCUGAACUGAGACGUGGUUCAUGCGGGAUUCUGGGAGCUUUCUGGGAAUUCAGCUGGAGUCAAGUCAGGCUGCUCUCAAGGACCCCUUGAGCUCAGAGCCCCAAAGUGGGCCCUGGUGAAGCAGGGUGGUCCUGCAUCCACUUCCCAAGCCUGAGCCAAGCUCAUCUUCAUUGAAUGUCUCAGUUGGCCGAGGAACAACUGAACUUUGUGGUUUGGUGUUUAGCCUUCAGUUUACUCCGCUGCCUCCUACCCAGAGGUUUGUGUGAGCCUGUUUUGCAGGGUUGGGUAAAAACCAAGGCACUUCUUUGGUUUUGCCCAUUCAGCCACGGUCACGUGACAUGCAAAGUACUCUUGCUCCUAAUUAUAGAAAUGAUUUUUUUUUUUAUUUUUUACUUUACCAGUCUUUACUUUGUACUCAGAGAAGAGGCCUCACGUGGCUGUGUCACAUAUAAAUGUUGGACUAAACUCUUACUUGAACUCAGGAAAAAAAGUUACUUGCUGCAAAA